AUGUACAACAACUAUUCAAUCAUCGCCACACUAUGUUGGUUGAUGUUAUUCUCAUCCAUUCAUGUUGUCAACUCCACACCAACGAUCACAUCAAUUAUUUAUGGAUCAUAUACCGCAGAGUUCUCUGGAACAAAUUUGCAACAAUAUCAAUCGGUGUCUAUCUGGUCUGGUGAGGUAGAAGAGCAACCAUACUAUGUAACAGUUGAGUAUAUAUCCGAAACAACAAUGGGUAUCUACUUUGGCCAUGAUGUUCCACUUGGUGGACGUAUUGUCUUUGAUAUGGGACUUCCAACUGAGUCCGUCUCUGUCUACUGGAACCCAAUCUGCGUUACCACCGUCAUCCCUGUUCCAUCACAGGGUGGUAUUGUCACUGUUCAAGGCGCAAUGCUUAAGUAUGGCAACGGUAACAAGUUGAACAUCAGCACUGCCGACCAAGGUAACAAGAUAUACUCUGCACUGCCCUCCUCCACGGACACCGACAACUACUUCCAAUUGUCCGACCUUCAACCCAUUGGUCAAGGAUACCAAUCCGUCUUCUCCAUGGUGCCCACCAAUCCCUCUGGUACAAAGCAGUAUCCCUUCACCUACCGCGUGUCCACACCUUAUGUUGAUAAUGUGAUCAUAUCAUCUCAACCUUGGAUACAGAUCAAUGGUGGAAGUUUUGGAAUGUCUGCUCCAAUGAUCAUUGUAUCACUUGAUGGUUUAAAACUUGAAGUCCAACAACUUAUCAAUCAUUAUAAUAUCACGUUGAAGUACAGCAACAACAACACAUAUCCAUUCAUUGGAGACCACACAUACUUCAACAUCCCAGGUUACAAAGGAUUCUCAAUCAGUGUCAAUGGAGCAGACAUGCCCGAACCAUACAUCGUCACCGUCAAGCCUGUUGUUACUGGGGUGAACUCAGUACCCUAUGAGGGUGGACAGGUUACAGUGUCUGGUAUUAAAUUGGCGUCCAAUCUGUGGAGUGGAGCAUAUGCUCAGACAUCAGUUCUGAUCGGUGGAGUAGAGUGUGUGUACGAGCAAGCUAUUCAUCCAUCCACAGAGUUGGUAUGUGAUAUGCCCAAGGCAACAGGACAGUCAUCCAACUUGCCAGUGGUCGUAGCAAUCAAUGGCGUGUCCUCCACAGAUUCGGUCAGCUUUACCUACGGUCCAAUGGUCUCUGAUGCAUUCCAAUUCGGCAAUUCGAUCAUUGUCCAAGGCCAGCGAUUGGGAAAUCAGGCUUUGCUCAACCGCACGUCAUUACUCCUCAGUGACGACAGCCAACGUGUGUUGACACCUUAUGCGCUACAACCUGGUGCUGAUCAAUCCUCGGAUCAGGUGAUCUUUGUGACCAUCCCCAAGAGUGCCCAACUUGGACAAUUGAUCAAUGUGUCGGUACUCAAUCUGGACUUCCUUGGAAUGUGGGCCAACACCUCUACCGCCUUCACUCUGAUCAACCCAAUGACAUUGACCCUCGUGUCUGACGUGCCCCCUGUCAGUGGUGGCAAUGUGACGUUCCAGAUAAACUCGCCAGUGGCCUUGUUCCCCGACCAUGUCAGUGAGGCCGACCUAUACAUCCCUCAGUGUGUCAAGAUUGCCACUGUGCCCCACUCAUCCAACAUAACUUGCACUUUGCAAGCAGGCUCUGGCAAGGACCUUUCACUCACCGUCAGCUUGAUGAAUGUCUCUAGUGCAGCCAUCACAGGCACUUACAAAUAUCUUCCACCGACCGUCACAAGCGCAGGCAGUGUCGGAGUCAAUGGUGGUCGCAUCAUUAUCAAGGGUGACAACUUUGCCAACUCUACAGAUCUCUCAGUUAAAAUUGCCAACACUGUGACAUGUCACAAUGUCCUGGUGCUUGACCCUCAAACAAUCCAAUGUGAUCUGCUCAAGGAUGAGAUACCAACUCCACUGCCAACUGGAUUCCAACCACUCGAAGUCAAGGUGUCUGAUCAAUAUGCAACUGGACUCAUCUUCAAGUACACUCCAACUCCACCUCCAGUCACAUCAACUUCGACUACUUCGACCUCAACAACAUCACCAUCAUCGACCACAACUGAUUCACCAACUUCAACUACAACUACAACAUCAGCCACAACAAGCGGUACUCCAUCGGAUUCAACAACGACCACCACUUCAACUACAACUUCACAUCCAAGUGGUGCAUCCAAGUUGUUGUCUGGCAUGCCAAUCACUAUUUUGGUAUUGGUACUUUCCUUUAUUAUUUUUAUUUAA